AUGGCGGGUCGUUACACAGGGCCACCAGAUCAUCUUGGUGUUAGGUGCGCAUGGCCUCAAGAAACCAUAAGGUUGGCCGAAGAAGGGGAAUUUGUCUUCGGCCCCACGGUGGGCACCAAGAUAUUCUCACAUGAAGUUGGUUUAGUGAUGACCUCUUCGAUGAGAUUGGUGCUUGAUUCGAUAUGCGAUGAAGGGCUUCAGGCAGUGGCUAACAUUCGUGGAGGACGAGUGGUGCUGCACCCUAUUACAAGUCCUCCCUCAGAAUUUGAGCAUUCGGAGAAAGGAGAUGCCUUGUAUGCCAUGGAAUUAGCUUUGUCUUUGGAGAAGUUGACAAAUGAGAAACUUCUGCAUGUUCAUAGUGUGGCAAGCCGUAACAAUGAUCCUCAACUGGCAGAUUUCAUAGAGAGCGAGUUUUUGUAUGAGCAGGUUAAAUCGAUUAAGAAGAUUGCUGAGUAUGUGGCCCAACUGAGAUUAGUUGGAAAGGGUCAUGAUGAAGAGCCUCCAUUAGAAGCACAAAAUUACGGGUCAAGUAUAGGAGCAUUCACGAUUUCUUCUUGUCCACAUGUGGAGUGUUCACGUGGCCAAUGAGGAUACAAGAAAAAGCACAGAAUGGAGCGUCUUAUUAAAAAGUAACGUGGAGUAACAGAAAAGUGGAGUAACAGAAAAGAUGCUUGUGUGGUAUGAGUCUUCUCCAUUCUGAUUUCUCUCUCUCUGUAAUAUUCAUUUCUAAUUCUCAUUCUGUGUUUUUUUAGUUUCACAUUUAUCCUUUUUUUUUCUUAUGUGAUGAUAAUGGAUAUCGUGGAUUCUUCUAUAGUCUCGCUCUAAUGCUUGUGCCAUAGCCAUUAUCUCCUCAAUUUCCUCGAGGAAAUGGGAAAAAUGCUUGACAAGGAAGAAGUUAGGCUUUCCAAGGAACCAUCUUUAUGUAAUGAAACAAUUACUAUUGUUGUUCGAAUGCUAGAUGGUCAUCGUUUAAACAUCGCUUUCUCAAAUAGAUAGUGAGGAUUGUAUGUUUGGUGGAUAUUAUGUGUAGUUUUAAAAAAUUAAAAAAUUUAAUUACUUAAUUUUCAUGUUA